GCUGGUGUGUUCUGCUAUGGAGCCUCAGAUGGCGCAGCUCCCGGGUCCGCUGGUCCUGGGCCGCGUGGGCCGACGCCCUUCAACCCUGCAGAUGGUCAAAGAGGCGCUGCAGGCCCAGGAUGAGAAGAAGGGCGCUUCUGUCUUCACUAUCAAGCAAUUCAUUCUGACCAAGUACCCCAGCGAGGAUCCUGUCCGGCUCAAGUACCUGCUGAAGCAGGCGCUGAGCAAGGGGCUGAGCCGUGGGGAGCUGGUGCGGCCCCGCAACUCCUCUGCUGUGGGGGCCACCGGCACCUUCAUGUUAGCACCCAAGGACCCACAGCACAAGCAGCAUCCAGGCCAGGCAAAUCUGGAGAGAGGACGGGCCCUGAAGCCAGGACAGAAAGGAGGGACCACCAAGGACCCCUGUGCCCCCCUGACUGGUGCACAACAACAAGGUGCUACAAAGCAGAAGCUGACAGCCACGAAGCAGAAGCCAAAAGCAAAGCCUGUGAAUGCCCAGCCACAAGCUGCAGCGAAGCCUGGGAACGGUGGAGCAAAGCCUCGGCGAGCUGACCACCGUCCCCAGGCCCCUGGCACGGGGUGUUCGGGGCCCCCACGAGCUGCUGACCACCCCCAGGCACUUGGCAAAGGACACUCAAGGCCCUGUGGGGCUGUGGCUGCUGAGGAUGCAGGAGGGAGCAAAAGCAACAGCUGUGCAGGGGCAAAGGGGCCCCGAAAAGUCCCUGGGGGAAAGAGCAAGGGGAAGGUUCCCAAGGGAGCACAGCAGGAUGCCCCCAAGGCACAGAGGGGUCAAAGCCAGGCGAAGAAGCCCCGGGUGACCCCAGGAGCCAGGCAAGGGGAAGCCAGGCUGCAGAAGGAAACCUCCUCUGGAGAGGGCAGAACAGCUCUCUAGGGAUGCUUGCACAGUCCCACUUAGCCCUGCUUCAGCUGGCCCCAGGCCUUUGGGGUCUGGGCUGGUUUUAAUCCCCAGGACAGAUUUUAACUCUGUUUACCUCUUCCUAAUAAAGUUUAUUUAU